AUGUCAGAUUUCAUUAUCCCACCUUUGGGAGUCUCUGGAGGCCCUGACAGUACGGCACUUUGUGUUUUAACUUCCAGUUGGAAAACCAAUGGCCUUAAUGCUGCUGGAGAGAGUAGUGGUUUCAUUGAUGGGAUUUUGGCAAUAAUUGUCGAUCAUGGGCGACGUGCCGAAAGCAAAGAUGAGGCAAACAUUGUGAGCAAUCGGGUUUCUCAAAUGGGAAUCAGAUGUGAGAUUGCCCAUUGUGAUUGGCUAGAUGGUAGGCCAAAACAGGGUCACUUGCAAGAAGCAGCUCGUGACAUGAGGUAUCAAACUUUUCAGAAAGUUUGUGACCGACAUCAGAUUGGUGUUUUGCUUAUUGCGCAUCAUGCAGAUGACCAGGCGGAGUUAUUCAUUCUUAGACUGUCUCGCAAUAGUGGUGUGCUUGGACUUGCGGCCAUGCCUUUCACAUCUCAAAUAUUCUCUACAUAUUCACAUUCUUUUGGUGGAGUCUCAAAUAAGCAUGUUAUUCUUCUUGUCCAACCACUCUUGGAUUUUUCAAAAGAAGAUAUGUACAAGAUAUGCCUUUGGGGUAAUCAGGAAUGGGUGGAAGACCCAUCAAAUCAAAUUCUUUUCUUUGCGCGUAAUAGGAUUCGAAUGUCAUUAAGGGAUUUGUCAUCAUGCAUAUUCAAGUCUGAGCUACAAGCAGUUAUCUCUGCCUGUCGAAGAACACACUCAUACGUUGACCAAGUUUGUAGUAAAUUGAUAAACGAGGCAGUGGUCGUCAUUAAUCAGGGUUAUGCUGUUAUUGAUUUGCAGAUUCUUAAUCCAUCAAAACUGGAGGACAUAUGCCUGUCAAGGUUUCUUGCGUUGGUUUUGCAGUUCAUCUCGCAAAGGUAUAGGCCAGUUAGAGGAAGUGCUUCAAAAUUGCUGUUGGACUACAUUCGUACUUUCCCAUGCAAGGUUGUUGCAAUGACAUUCUGGAUGAAUCGGCUAAUCUGA